AUGGAAUCAGAACAAACAUCAGACUCAAAUGAAAGCGAACAAAAUGAACUAUUCGAAAUCGUCGAUGGCAUAUGCUGGGUAUCAGAUUGGGGUUUGCGUAACCUUCGUUUUAGUCUCUCGUAUCAGACCAGACCAGAUGAUUUGUUUAUUGUGACUUAUCCAAGAAGUGGAACGACUUGGAUGCAAAAUAUUGUCUACAAUCUUCUAACCAAUGGACAACCCUUCAAUGUGAGUACGAUUGAUUUUUUCGAACGAAAUCCACACUUGGAAAUCGAUGGUAAAAAAUGUAUUGAAACAAUGCGACGACCAGGUGCAAUCAAAACUCAUUUACCAAUGCAUCGAGUACCAUACAAUUCACUAGCCAAAUACAUAUGUGUUAUAAGAAAUCCAAAAGAUGUUUGUAUUUCCUACUAUAUAUUCUACAAUAUGUGGCCUGAUGUACCAAAACUUGAAUUUGAUCGUUUUUUUGAAUGUUUCAUCGAAGGCUAUCUACCUUUUGGUGAUUAUUUUGAAGCACUUCGAUCGGCAUGGCAACGACGUCAUUAUGAUAAUGUUCUACUUGUUUCCUACGAAGAAAUGCAAACUGAAUCUCAAUCUGUGAUAGAGAAGAUCGCCAACUUUAUUAAUGUUGUAUUGAACGAUCAAUUAUUGGAAAAAGUUAUGAAAUAUGCAUCAUUCGAAUACAUGAAAGGCAAAUUUGAUGAUGAACGACGAAAGUUCGAAGGAAAAUUUAUCGAAAAUAUUAAGAUGGCAACUAUCGAAUCAGAUGAUGAUUCCUCUAAUGAGUGGUCUCUAUUAGCCCAAUCGUAUCAAGAUGUAUUCGUACCACGUUUUCAACUACUUUAUGAUACCAUGGCACAUUAUGCUGUCAAGAAAAUUCAGUCGAACGAUACAAGAGAUGAAUACCAACUUUUGGAUUAUGGAACAGGUUCUGGCGAGCCAAUUCUGACUAUUUUGCAACAGCUUGUAACAAAUCAUCUCUACAAUGUUAAAUUACAAGCAACUGAUUCUUCUCGGCGAAUGCUAUCUUUAGCAGAAGAACGUUUACGUAAAUUGAAAAGUCAACAUUUGACUGUAAACUUUUUCAUAAACGAUGAUUCAUCGAAUAAAAAUGUUUAUGAUAUCAUUACAACCUCUCUUGUACUUCCUUAUGCAUCAAAUCACGGUCAAAUGCUACGAGAUUUCUUUCAGCAAUUGAAACCGAAUGGACUAUUAAUCAGUUCUCAUUGGCCUCAUCCAAAACAAGUUCCAUUUCUUUCAAUCAUAAAACGAAUUAAUCAAUUUAUGGCUACAGAUUUGAUUUCAAUCAUAAUGGCAGAAUACAACAAUAAUAUUGUUCACUCUCCAUUGGAACUCAAAGGCCUAUCAAAAUACUUAUCGCUAAUUUUUCAUCGAUCACUCGAACGAGCUGUAUGGGCAUUUUGUGAAUUGGGUAUUGCUGAUUUAAUGGCUGAUUAUCAAGCUCCAAUUACGGCAUCAGAAUUAUGUCGAUUGAAUGGAAAUAAUUGGAAUGCAGAAUUUCUCUAUCGAUUGUUACGUGUAAUUGCUGAUGCUGAUAUUAUAAAAGAUUUAAAUAAUGAUGGUGAAAAUUCAACUAAGUAUAGUCAUCCAGAAGAAAUAAUUCAAUUUCAAUUGACAGAAGAUGGAUUAUUAUUGACAAGUAAUCAUUUUUCAAAAGCACGUGAUAUGAUUCGAUUAGAUUUAGGUCCGAAUGCAGAAAAAAUAACAACAUAUUUUCCAUCUUUAAUUAAAUUUGGUUACAACAAUGGAAAUAGUUUCGAACAAGCAUUUGGUUGCAGUUUAUUCGAUUAUAUGCAAAAAGAAGAGAACAAAGAAUAUGCAAAUAUAUUUAAUAAUUCAAUGGUUGCCUAUUCAUAUUAUAUGGCAUCAGCAAUAGUUUCAGUUAUUGAUUUUACUCGUUUCAAUAAAUUAGUUGAUAUUGCUGGAGGAUUAGGAACAUCAUUAUCAUUUAUUCUAGAAAAAUAUCAAAAUUUACAUGGUAUAUUAUUUGAUUUAACACAUGUAAUCGAAAAUGCUAAAAUGAUGGAUCCAAACGAAUUUCAACGAAAAAAUAUUGAAUCAACUCGUUAUGAAUUUGUUGCGGGAGACAUGUUCAAAUCUGAAACAAUACCAUCAGCCGAUGCCUAUAUAUUGAAAUACAUUAUUCAUGAUUGGAACGAUGAAAAAUCUAUUGAAAUACUCAAAUCAAUACGUUAUGCCAACAAAACUCAAAUAGAAAAGACAAUUACAGUAUUUAUAAUCGAAAUGAUAAUAUUGUCAAAUGAUAAAGAUAACUGGGAAGCACACGUAAUGGAUCUUGAAAUGUUAUCAGGCAUUGGUUCUAAAGAAAGAACCUUAAAUGAAUAUAUCAAUUUACUGAAUAAAAGUGAUUAUACAUUGAAACAAUUAUAUAGAACAAAAGGUCUUAUGUCUAUUAUUGAGGCAGUAACAACAACAACAACAACAACUCAAAAUUGUGAUUGA